AUGAUCCGUCCCAAAAAGAGACGAACGGACUUGGCCGUACCGGCCUAUGUGGGCGAGCGGUGGAAUAGUGGUACUGCCGCGAAAACGGAAAUGGAGGAUUUGCUUCUCGAGACCAAUGGAGACAAGGACAAGUUCAUGUCCGAGCUGCUACUCAUCGUGAAAAAAAUCAAGAAGUUUGUGGUGAAGAGGGACCAGGGAUGGUACACAGAACUGGAGAUGAAGAAUGAUCUUGGAUGGGCCCGGAUCCAGGGAGCCAAGAAGCUCUGUGAAGCUGACCCGACCUUGCACAGGCGGAAUCAAUAUGAUGGCCAAUGGGAAUACUAUGUUACCGUUCGGGAGACGGCUGUGCAGACUCAGUCGCAUGAGGUUCAAGAAGAGCAACGGCAGUAUCAAAAGGCUUCGAAACCUAUCGAGUUCAAGCCUGACGAGUUCCAAGACCUGGACAAGGCCAUGGCUCGUGGCAGCCUGCCGGACUCUGCGGCAGUCUUCAUGAUGACCUGCCGAAUGUUUGUGGCUGGUGUGUGUAAUCCUCACUAUGUAACCCCUGGCCAGCACAAAGCGACGGCUGAGCGCUUCAUGGAUUCGCUCCUGGCGAAGUGCACGAAGAUCCGUGGGCUGAUCAAGGACCUGAAGGCCAACUAUUCGCAGGAUUGCCAGAAGCAUGUGGAUGGAUUGCAAGAGCACGUCUCAAAGCUUGAGACAGAGCACGGCAAACUGACAGAGCAGAAGGCCAAGGGCGAGGUGGAGGGUUUCAACACAGGGUCCAGCCGUGCCACGGCCUCUGAACUGCAGGUGCCCGAGCCUUUGAGUGACAGGCUGCAUGGAUGCUGUGUGCACAAAGUUUAUUUGCCGCUCCAGAUGCUAUCCGAGCUAUCAGCUAUAUAUCCCCAAACUCCUGAGCACAAGGGCUCAAUCGAUGUUAUGGUGCUAGGAUUCCGGUGCAUGAUAGCAUCUAUAUCUAUUGUACACUGCCAUGCACUAGCUGUCUCUCUUUAA